AUGGGCGCGCAUAUGGCUAUGGCUAGGCUUAUGCGCGCACCAAACCCAACCCCAACAUUUUUUGUUGCUCUAUUCAUUGCCGUGCUUUCAUGCAUGGUCAUGCUACCUUUUGGUUCACCAAUGGCUACAACCACUCAAGCCCUUAUGAGGUUCAAGAAAACGUUACAAUUGGGAAACGAAAGUGCCACUCUUAGCAGUUGGGAUCCUAACAAAGACCCGUGUAACGGUAACAAGGUGAAUUGGGUUGGUGUGCUUUGCUUCAAUGGGAAUGUGAGGGGUUUGCAGCUUGAAAACUUGGGUUUGCAGGGAAAGCUUGAUUUGGAGCCUCUUACUCAAUUGCCUUAUUUGAAGACCCUAAGCUUCAUGAACAAUAGUUUGGCUGGUCCAUUGCCUGAGCUUAAGAACCUAAAGUUGAGGUCUCUGUAUUUGUCUUAUAAUCAUUUCUCAGGUGAGAUUCCUGAUGAUGCAUUUGAGGGCAUGAUUUUUUUGAGGAAAUUGUAUUUGGGGAACAAUCAGUUUACAGGCAAAAUCCCUUCUUCCCUUACCACCUCGCCUAAGAUUUUUGAUGUGGGGCUUGAGGGGAACAAAUUUAGUGGCCAAAUACCAGAUUUUAGACAGAAGAGUCUGAAGAGGUUGAAUCUAGCUAACAAUGAAUUGGAGGGUCCAGUUCCAGAAGGCCUAAGCAAGCUGGAUCCAAGUAGUUUUUCAGGCAAUGGAAAACUAUGUGGUCCACCUCUAGCGGGAAAAUGCAGCGACCCUCCUCCUCCUGCUUCUCCUCCUCCUUCAGCUCCGCCAUCUGAAUGUUCUGGGGACUCUUGCGGCACCUCUAAGAAGCCAUCGUCUGGUCUAAAAAUAGCCCUGAUUGUGGUGAGUAUAUUGCUCCUACUGGCCUUCAUUGCUGGGAUUUUGAUUUUUCUCAACAAGAAAAGGCAACAAUCAGAAUUAGACGUGGCCGAAUCAUUGGACGACUCGGCCUCCAAGUACACGGCAGCUGGUGGGAGCAGCCAAAUGGAUGUUAAGUCGGUAGAAGCUACGCCACAUCCAAAGAAGGGUGACCUUGGAAAGUUGUCAUUUGUGAGGGAUGAUAGGCAGAAGUUUGAUUUGCAUGACCUGCUUAGAGCCUCGGCUGAGAUCUUGGGGAGCGGGACGUUUGGGGCUUCCUACAAGGCUCUGAUCAUGACUGAUGCUGUGGUGGUCAAGAGGUAUAAGCAGAUGAACAAUGUGGGAAGAGAGGAGUUCCAUGAGCACAUGAGAAGGCUUGGGAGAUUGACACAUCCAAACUUGUUGCCUCUGGUGGCCUAUUAUUAUAGAAGGGAAGAGAAGCUCUUGGUUUCUGACUUUGUGGAGAAUGGUAGCUUGGCCUCUCAUCUUCAUGGCAAUCACAAUUCAGAUCAGCCUGUGCUGGACUGGCCAAUCCGUUUGAGAGUAAUCAAAGGCAUAGCCAGGGGAUUGACCUACCUCUACAGCGCACUCCCUAGCUUGGUUGUACCCCAUGGCCAUCUGAAAUCCUCCAAUGUACUUCUAGAUGAAAACUUUGAGCCCCUCUUGAAUGACUAUGCCCUACUUCCAGUGAUCAACAUGGAGCAAGCCCAACACCUGAUGAUGGCCUACAAGUCACCCGAAUAUGCCCAGCACCGGCGCAUCACAAAGAAGACCGAUGUCUGGUGCUUGGGGAUCAUAAUCUUGGAGGUGUUGACAGGCAAGUUCCCAGAGAACUAUCUCAAGCAGAGCUUCGACAGCAGAGCGGAUUUGGCCAGCUGGGUUAAUGGAAUGAUCAAAGAGAAGAGGACCAGCGAGGUGUUUGAUGUGGAAAUGGGGGGUGUGGGGAGCAGCAAAGGAGAGCUGCUGAAGCUGUUGAAGAUUGGUGUGAAAUGUUGUGAGGAGGAUGUGGAGAGAAGGCUGGAUUUGAAUGAAGUGGUUGAGAAGAUUGAUGAGCUGAAUGAGGGAGAAAGUGAUGGAGAUUAUCGAUCAAGUGUUUCGAGUGAAGGAGAUGAUUAUACCUCUCAAGUUGUGUGA